AAGUAGCUAGCUCGCCAAAUUUAGGAGACUGUAAGGAUCUUAUAACCACAGGACAAAUAUGAUCAAGGCUAUUUUGAUUUUCAAUAAUCAUGGGAAACCCCGACUCAUCAGAUUCUACCAGUACUUUGCAGAGGACAUGCAGCAACAAAUCAUUAGAGAAACGUUUCACCUCGUGUCCAAGAGAGACGACAACGUUUGCAAUUUCCUGGAGGGCGGAAGCUUGAUUGGUGGCUCAGACUACAAGCUGAUAUACAGGCACUAUGCUACACUUUACUUUGUGUUCUGUGUGGACUCGUCAGAGAGUGAGCUUGGCAUUUUAGACCUUAUACAGGUCUUUGUAGAAACCCUUGAUAAAUGUUUUGAAAACGUAUGUGAGUUGGACCUCAUCUUUCAUAUGGACAAGGUCCAUUACAUACUGCAGGAGGUUGUAAUGGGAGGAAUGGUGCUGGAGACCAACAUGAAUGAGAUUGUAGCUCAAGUGGAACUCCAGAACAGAAUGGAAAAAUCUGAGUCAACAGUGUGGGUUUUUUUUCCUUUUUUUUGUUUGUUUGUUUGUUUGCUUCAGGGUGGACUGUCUGCAGCACCAGCUCGUGCCGUUUCCGCGGUGAAGAACAUGAACCUUCCAGAAAUACCACGUAACAUCAACAUCGGAGACAUCAACAUAAAAGUGCCGAGCCUAUCUCCUUUCUGAGCCUCCGUCCUCAGCGAAACCCUGGUGUUAGGAACCGGACGUCCCCCCUGUGAUAGUCUCUAUGGACAACCCUCCCUGUGGUUGAUUUUGGACACUGAUACUCAUGUCAAUAAUUAUACUUAACUUUGUGGACUGGCCAAAGAUCAACAGCCAAAAGGAUCUUUACUGUCUGCUCAGUAAAGUUCUGUGUUUGAGUCUAUAGGGCCAAAACAAUGAGUCUUUCAUUUCAACCAAUGGGUUUGGGGGAAAACAUCCUACCAUUGUUACAUAUAGCAUUAUUUUUUAAAGGUUCUCGCACUGACAACAUUCCAAAAUCAAGAAAGAUUAUAGUGGAUGCAGUAGUCCUUUUGUUUAACCUGCCCAAUCAAUCCAUAUCUGCUUACCUUCCAAUUGUUACAUACAUGUGUGUGUUAUAUUUAUAUAUUGUCUUAUUAAAAUACGGU